UAAAUUCUCUUGCUAAACAACACCCACACAAUAUCCAGGGAAAAAGACAAUAUAGAAAGGGUAAACACACAGAAUUCAUAAGCACCGAAACGCAAACGCAGGGUGGACUGGUUGUUAUCGUUUACAAUGGCAUUAAUGAACUACACUACUUCCAGGGUCUGUAUUCAUCCCAAGUAUUCAUUUGUCAUCCCUCACAAAACUAAACAAAUCUUCCCGUUGAAUUUCUCAUCUGUAACGGUGGCUGCUCUGUCGGAAAAGGGUACAGACGGAAGCAUCGGGGAGGACGAUCGUCGUAACAGUUCAGCAGCUUCACCUUCUGCUCGAACACAGAUCGAUCUCUUGGAUCAACUCAGCGCAAGUACAUCUUCUAGUGGUUACACAAGUGAUGGAAACUAUGUAGAACUUACACUCCGUGAAAAGCUCAUUGAGUUGGUAGGCGAUCGGGAUGACGAUUUUACCCUCCGAUUGGGCAAAAAGUUAAAAGUGCCAAAGCUUUUAACCGUGUCACAAAAGAGAAAUAUAAAAAGUUAA